CUUUCAAUGCUGAGUUGCGGGACAGGGAUAUUGGAGGAUAUCUCCUAGCUCAUUUGUAGACUUCAGGGUUCUUAUAUAUAUGAAGAUAUAUGACUAAUCGACCCCAUCAUAAGUUCGAUGUAAUUCUUAAAUGAGAAUGUUGUUGAAUGUUGUAGUGUGAUGUUGUUGUCGAAUGUGUUGUUUGAUCCUGCAAACGCGCGCUGGCAGCGCUUGGGUGCCUGAUUGGGCGAGCUUAAGCGUCAAGCGCUUGCGCGUCAUGUGAUUGCGGUUUGUUGCUGGAACUUAUCCUCAAGCUCGUUGAAGCCAUCACUCCAAAAACGGCUGCAACUUCAACCUUCAGCAAAAUAGACGAAAUCCUGUUUACUACGCAGUCCACGGACAGUGGAUUUAAACACUGCCAGUUCAGUGGAAUCUGUUGCAGGAAUAACUAACUAACUAUCUACUACCCCCCAUCCUUGAAUAGGAACACAUCCAACCAGCCGCCUGUCAUGGCGCCGCGAAUAAACAUCCCCCCAAUCACAAGAGCGAUUCUCAGCGCCAUCUGUGCUCUAUCCUUUCUAAACGGCGUUGCCAGAUGGAGACAGUAUGAAGGUUCACCGGGUGCACCUAUCCCUUAUUUAUCGCUGGUUCCAUCCAAUAUUCUCUUUUAUCCGUGGACCCUGAUGACGGCUACAUGUGUUGAACAAAAUAUUUUCACCGUCAUCAUUACCGGAGCGACUAUACUUUACGGAGGGAAAUAUCUGGAGCGCGCGUGGGGUUCGCGGGAGUUUGCGAAGUUUAUCCUUGUUGUUGCACUGGUGCCGAAUAUCGUCGUGACUUUCCUCUACAUUUUGUGGUCGAGUAUUGUCUCUGAUGCUGCUAUUGCUUCGAAAGGAAUAUCUGGCGGUAUAUCGAUUCUGGCGGCAUUUCUAGUGGCAUUCAAACAACUGGUCCCCGAACACACCGUAACAAUUCUUAAAGGCGUUGUCAAAAUGCGAGUCAAGCAUUUCCCGGCCCUCUUCCUCCUUCUGAACGCCAUUGGCGGCAUAAUCCUCGGAACCGACGUCGCACUUAAUUUGAGCUGGCUCGGUCUAUUGUCGAGCUGGACUUAUCUCCGCUUCUACAAACGCCAACCAGACCUCUCAGGCACCUCAUCUAGCGGACUCGGCAUCAAAGGCGAUGCCAGCGAAACUUUUGCCUUUGCCAACUUCUUCCCGGACGCCGUACAGCCCCUUAUCUCCUUCGUCACAGAUAAGAUAUACUCAAUCCUCAUCGCCCUGCGUAUCUGCACACCUUUCUCCGAAGAAGAUAUCGCAUCAGGAAACGAACAAGCAAUGGCGCGUUGCGAAGCCGGGCUCCCUAGCCUUUUAAAUAACGGCAGGAUGGCUGGCGGAAGAGGCUCGGGUAAGCGAGAGGAGGCAGAGCGGCGGAGAGCACUUGCGCUUAAGGCUCUCGAUCAACGACUUCAGGCAGCCGCCCCGAGUACGCCGGUUCAGCCAACGCCCCCAAGUUCUGCCCCAUCCCAAGCAGCGCCCGCGCGACAACCCUCGCCGCAGCCAGCAGCCCCGUCUGUUGGCCCCGGUCAAAGUAUGCUAGGUGAAACGAACUAUACGCCCGAUAAGUCGUGAUGAGAUAAGUAAAAAUGAACUGAGAUACAAUGGAACGUUUGCUCCGGGUUGUGAGACCUGGUUAGCGUUAUCAUAACCCUGAUCAACUAGUUCGUAUCAUCAUGCAUGCUACUAGACGGGUGCGAGACAUCUCGGAUUUUUUGAAUCAGUUACUUUUUAUUAUAUUUUAUCAGGACUUUAAUUGUACAUUUUCUCUUUUUACUUCUAUAUAUGUCUCCUUACGUCUCCCCCGGCUAAUGACAUGACCCCGGAAUACUCAAACUUUUUCAUAAUUUGCCCAUUUCGUUCUUCCUUCGUGAGUACCAUAGAGCCUGUGAUCUAAAAACAUCCACCCCCGCCACCCCCAGCUUACCAUUCCCGUCUCCAUUAUCCCUCUUUUCCUUUCCACUAUUAUGUAUCUUUUUAACACGACUUUCUAGACGAAAGGUACUCCUUUGCUUUUUCCCUGUCUACCUUUUCUACUUUUUAUGUCACCUUUUUUGAUAUAUUUUCCAGCUCCUUUGCCGUUCCAAAAUACCCCCCUAUUUCACAUUUUCGUCGCUUAUAGCGAUAUGAUAUAUAUGUAUUAGGAACAUUUGCGUUUUCACCACGGCCUCCUCGGAUGGGGGCUUGUAUUUUCCUCUUUCUCGCUUUCUUCUUUCUACCUUGUUUGUCUACAAUUUUACUAGGGGGGGUGUGGGAUGAUGGGAGCGCCGAUGGCUAGGGACACUGGACGUUCCCAGUGAUAUCUUACGUAUAUGAUAAGCGUUGGUAUAAGUAUAUUUUGUCUAAAAAAUGAUUGAAAAGUUCUCAGCCUUUUUUGUAAAUAUCAUCAGCCGCGUUUACGUCUAAUUUAUGAAGUAUUUCGCAGCCCAUUAUCAGUAUCCUUUGUCCACCUCGUAAAAUUUCAAGUUCCGUUUGGAAGAAUGAAAGAUAAAAAUCAAAUAAAAUGUACGGAUGAAGAUUUGGGUAUUCUAGAUUUGGGGUUAAUAAUAUUUCCUUUAUUGUACUAUACAGACAUUUGAUAGGGAUAAAGAUCCAUCUAGAGACCCACCGGUCCUUAAGGGGUAGGAUCGAAUAUGC